AUGACUCGCCAAGAGUUGGGUCCUUUACACCUCCUUUCUGGUCCAUCAGGCCCCCGUGAUCUUAGGAUUCCGCUUGAUGCUACUGUAUCUCAAGCAGUAACCAACGACCACUGGAAUCUCCCUUCGGCUCGCUCUGAGUAUGCAAUCACUCUUCAGAUUAUUCUCUCUACCUUGCCGGUUCCAUCUGCAACCUAUGGCUGCGAUACAUACUUGUGGAGAACGAGUUCUGGCGCUUUUGGAAACUCAUUCUCAUCUAAGGUAACUUGGGAGAGGAUGCGUGUUCCAAUUCCCCUAGUUCAGUGGCAUUCAGUGGCAUGGUUCAGAGAGGAAAUUACUCGCUGUUCGUUUAUCGCUUGGACAGCCUUCCUUCGUAGGCUCCCAACGCGUGAUCGGUUUUUGGCGACUCCUCCGGCUACACUUGAUGCGGUCGUGGUCCUUUGCCAGCACUUCCCUGGUCCUCAUGCCCGGCGAGCGGUUGCGGUGAUGAAGCUCCUAAAUCAAGUCAUCAUUUACAACAUCUGGCGCGAGCGUAAUGCCAGGGUUUUUACCGGUGUGUCUUCAACUCAAGAGGCUGUGUUCCGAGUGGUGGAUCGUACUGUGCGAGAUAGACUUCUGGCUCUUUCAAGACCCACUGUCUCUGCUCCUCCCCCAUCUUUGCUUGAGUUGUACUUUUGGUUUAUCUCCCCAUAUAGUUAA